GUCAAUUUUUUUUAAACUAUAAGCGCACUAUUUAAGCUGUAAAAGCAGUUCCAGUAAGUGCACUUGUAUAAGAAGGUGGGAAGCCAUUUAGGAUUUGGCCGAGCUCCGCGCGAGCUUCUGUAGUAGCCAUAGGAACGAAUGAUGACAACACAAGGUGCGCGAGAGCCUUCUUCCUCUCUUCAGGGAGUUUCAAAUCCAAAGAAGCACUUCGUAUUUUAUUUUUUAUUAUUUUAAUUUCCGUCCGUGUGUUAAAGUAACCUAAAAAAACACUAUUUUUUUCCCAAAAUAAAUAAAUACAUUUUUAAUCACCUAACUAUCCAGGGAUGGAAACCAGUUCACCUUUUUAUUAUAUGCUUCCGGCUUCCGGUCACGGUGAAGUUUGGCGCGAUUUCACAGAAGAAGCCAAGUUUCGCCAAUAUGGAUGGCGCUGCUUUACUAAUGAGGAGGAUUAUUCAACCAUUACCCUGAUGGGAAACUGGUCGGAAAAAAGAUUCGACACUGGGAGAGCGAAAGCGUUACGACGCCCUCUGCCGUCCCAGUUCUCUCACUACUAUGACACCACAUACUCCUCCUCUUACAACAAGGAAGAGAAAUCUCCUCUUUACAGAUCUUUUAAGAAAGAGCCCAGAAGCUUCCCGGGUCAUCAGCCCGAACUGGACCCACCUCACACCAAACGUGUGCCGAACUCCUGCUACAGAUUGGACUUCGGUGGGCGCCACUCAUCUGGACAGACCAAAGUAAUCCAGGAAAAUAUUAGCAGGGAGCUGGACUCAUGCAUUGCUUCCAAAAAUUGCUCUACAGCUUUUCAGUAAAGUCGAGUCUUCCUUCUGCGUACAUGUCCGUGUUGUGUGAAGAGUGCAUAACUUAUUCUGUUAAAGAUGUUACAAAUGCAAUCGUUGAUUAUUUUUGUUUCUUACUAGAACAACUAACGAGGGAAAUACAAGUGUAUUAUUUGUCUGGUCUGGUCUGGUCUGGUAUGUUUAUAUGGCACUCUGGUCAAUCUUUUUAUAGAUUGAUUUUAUAGACCCCCAAGAAAAACAUUGGGGAUUCACUCUGAUUGAUUCACUAGCGAAAUCAAAGCUCACUCAUGACGACUGUGAUCAGUUAACUGUGUUAGAAUUGUUAUAUGCUUUGUAUUAAACAGCAUGGCACAUAGAAUACUGUGCAAACUGGAAAGUGUUCUCUCUGGAAAAAUAACUAUGUGUUUGAAUGAAUGUGUUUUAGGUAAGUUUAAGGGGCUUAGGUUUAAUCCUCAGCUCAAGCAUUUCACCGCUGUCCAUGAGGGUUUCCUCUUGAGUCCUCCCACCACUCAAAAACAUGUCAGUAGGUGGAUUGGAUGUGUUUUAUUGCCCUUAAUUGUGAUUGUAUGUUCUCCGAGGUGAAUAAAUGACAAAAUAAAAUUAUUUACAGUGGCAAGAAAAAGUAUGUGAACCUUUUGGAAUUUCAUGGUUUUCUGAAUAAAUUUGUAAUAAAUUUGUCAUCUUAG